UUCAUACUCGUCAUGCACUCAAUCUCUGAUUCCUGUGAACAGAGGAGACUUAUCGCGGUUCCGAUCUUACAACGAAUCUGAUCCUCUUUCGGACCGACAAUCGGUUGAUUCUCCGACGUUUUCCGAGGCCUGAAUUUCUGCACACCAGCGUGAUAAGGUGAGCAAGCUCUGAGAUGCGGACGAGCCCUGAGGCGUGUUUUUUGGGGCCUCCAGUGGAGGGCUUUGCGCUCGAAGACGGGUGCGGGCGCAUGUACGUGGAUAGCCUGCAUCAUCAAGCGCAAUCACAGGCGGAAGCUUCUGCUGCAUCGAAAUCUGCUUCGUCGUGUUGGAUAGCCGGACUGGCGUUAUCAGCUCAGUGUUCUGGAGAGGAGACGUUCGGUACAUGAGAUAGAUUGCUGCAUCCUGUGGCGGGACCCGUGUGUGCCUUCCUGUCCAAACGGCAGUCGGCAUAUGCGUCAUGGGCUCGUCAUGUCUCAGACUGCAUUUGUAAAUUCCACCAAUUUCACUUCUUUAUGUCGCGGGUCCUGACUGCAAGUGCCUCCGAGCCCAGUCCAAGCGUAUUGGUCAAGCCAGGCUGAAUAUAUUCAUAUUCAAUAUCUUGACCGGUCGCGGCCAGGAUCACGGAUCAAAGCCUCUGUGAUCAGCUCCGAGUGGUCGAAGUUCCAAUUGGGGAAGCACGGCUGAGGCAGCUUCUUUCCGACAGCCAGUAAGCUGAGCGUUGUGCCGCCUGUCCCGGACCGCGGCGCUGCCAGCUCACCCGUCAUUCCUUCAUUGAACGCUCACGGGGCCCGGGAAUAUAUUGUCGAGGGUCAGGGAGUGCUCGAAUCUGCGGGCCUUCCACUGGUCAGGUCAAUCAACCUAGAGCCAUCGUUCAGCCCGGCUCCUUGCUGCUCUUCCUGUCUGAGACUCACACGGACCGUCACCCCGCCGCUAAUAGAGCCCACUUAUCCCAGCUGAUCCGAUCGAGUCUCUCUUUGCAUACUCGCGCGCCCUCGCCCACCGUUUUCGUUCGUCGGUUGGCCCAGCCUCCCUGUUAUGGCAACCACAGUCGUCGCUCCUGUAAACGUCCCGGCGUCUACGUCCAGUCAUUACCACAUACCCUCUCACCGUACACCGUCCAAAUCCUCCGCGACACCCGGAGCAUCCUCCUCUCGUUCAACAUUCCAAAAUCCCAGUGCGACUAUCAAGGCUACAGUACCCGAGUCUGCGCCCAAGACUUUCCAUCGGAUACGUUCGUCUCUCGAGCAGAGCUUGCGCACGGCAACUCGCUCCAAAAAGACGAUCCCGACACCGGACGAUGAUUUCGCAACGCUAUCCCCAGGGACGGUCAAGGGUAAGGAGCGCGCGACGGAGGAGAGUAAGGAAAAGGCGAAACCUUUAUGGAAUUUUCGGCGAACGACCAGGCAGCCUCCCCCUUCUCCAUCGCCAAGUCCAGGUCCUGACAGGAGCGAUACUGAGCACGGGGAGUACAUCUCACCGACCUUACGGCAAGGAUCGGUGUCGUCACCAGCGCUGCACAUUUACUCUCAGGCGUUGCCCUCCCCCAACUCGCACUCGGCCAUCGCGGCUUCUUCGUCGUCGAACAGUGACGCGCUAGUGUCUCCGACUCGCACCAAGCGGCCCAGUCUCCAACCUGUUCAGCGACAUCUGAGCGAGUUACCACCGUCAACACCCAGAGUGACACGGCACCGGUCGACCAAGUCAAACCCACUCAAUUCCGUAGCGCCACCGGUGUCUCCCCCUCCCACGAGGGUAGUCAGCUCCCCUCAGACACCAAGACGAGCGACUCGUGAUUUGCCUGCUUCCCCACCAGAUACGCCAACGCCGGCAUCAGGAUCGCGCGGUCACAUCGGACGAUCGUCUUCAUCUGCAAGCGUGACACAUCUGCCAUCGCACACCGCUGGUCUGCCAGCCUCUGCAUCUCGAGGGACCAGCCCUGUUCCCAUCCGUUCACGUUCACCUUCGAGGCGUGUCGUUACUCCAUUACGAGGUCUAUCAUCGCCGUCAGGAUCACAUCACCUUGCUCCUUCUCCUUCGCCAACAGCUGUACGACGUACUUCCAUUGACUCUCCACGUCGGCCGUCGUUCCGGGACGAGUCACCUUCCCCAUCACUGAUACGUCCACGUGACAGGCCCUCGUCUCAGCAGCGCGGUGCAUAUAGCCACAGACAGUUCAAUGCGUCGACCACGUCUCUAGCUUCUCCAUCAAAUCCUGAGCACCGAGAUCUCAUCAGGACAGCGACAUCGAUGCUUUGCAAAGAGGUCAUCAAACCACCACCGCACAUGGCAAGAACAGACGCUGGAAUGAGAGACUGGCAGGAAGUCGAGGUUCGGGUUCGGGCUCUGUCUCGUUUGGAGCGAAUCUGGGGGAAAAGCGGAGUUGGAGGAAGUUCAAGCAACAUUACGUUGGGCACGCCGUCUGGGAUCAGUGUCGCUGGAGAAGAGCGGGAACGACGACUGUUUACAGAAGCAUUGAGAGAUGGCUUCGUUCUAUGCCAGUUGAUCAAUAAACUGCGGUCGAGCUCUGUUGUGCGGCCAGACGUUCGGGAUGAUGGAUUUGUCCGGACAUCCAAUAUCACCAAGUUCUUGGCUGCUUGUUCCUCAUAUGGUUUGGCAGAGGAGGAUCUGUUUCAGCGUGAUGACCUCAUCGAGGGGACGAGCGAGUCCCUUGCUCGCGUGGCCCACACCAUCAUCACGCUGAUCAAAUACGUUGACGCGCCCAGGUUCAGCAACCAAAAGUCCGGUUCUUCGGCAAGCCCCUACGGGCCGGGCAGUUCCAGGGUUGCCCUGUCAACUCCGAAUUUGCACUCGACCGCCCCACUAGCUUCACCGGUGAGGCCACGCUGGACUCCACCCGCGGACUUGUCGCAUGGCGGCCCGGACGAAAGUUCAGGCGAAGAACACCUCAGCAAGGACGACACAGCGACCUUGAACGCCAAAACCGAAUGUGAUCGACCGUCGCCGAUCGAUCGACCCGUCAUGAGAGAUAAAGAAAGCCCGACCACAUUGGCUCUUCCCCCUCGGUCUCCCCUCCGACCUUUGGCGGUCAAGGUCGACGAUGAUGCACUGCAAGUGAGCCAGUCUGACUCGCGUCAAUCCAUGCUCUCGACAUCGAGCGUCAUGACGGAGUCGACGAUGAUGUCCAGCCUCCUGGACGUCACCCGCCACAGCUACAAGUAUGGGACCAUCCGGACCGUGACAACCGAUAUGACCUCUGAAGCACCCAGCAUCUCUCGCGCGGAGGGAAGCUCCAUUUCGGAGGACUUGGCUCGAAAACGUGUCGACUCUAAAUCCUUCCAGCGGGAGGCCAAGAUGAGCGAGACUUUCAUCGAUCUGUCCCGGGUGGAGGAGAUGGACGAAGCCGGAACUGCGUCUAGGGGCGUUGGGAAGCAGUGGGAACAGAAGAUAGAUGGGCAGAAAAUAGACAAGGUCCGACUGGGGAAGGGUAAGUGGCCCGAUGAUUUCAUAGAUCUGGCACCUCCACCCAAAUCCCCCACUUCGUCUGAGCUUCGUUCCCCGUCGCCGUCUGUCCUCUCCUCGUCCGGCCCGCGGAAAAUCGCCAUCGUUGGUGCUCCUAAGCGCAAUGACAGCGCCGAGUCGUUGCCACAAUUCCCUCGACGUCCCACCCACCGGGCACGGCACAGCAUCGAUGUGCCACCUCAAAGCCCGUCCGCGUUGUUACCCAAGGAUUCGCUUUUGCGUCGGGAUAGUAGUCCGGAUGGCAUGCCUGCCGGUAGCCGGGUCAUCGUACGCCGCCACAGCACCAAGCCCAAGGAGCGCAACGGAGAUGCCGACGCGGCCGUUCCAUUCCCACGAACUACAUCGGGCGAGCACUCAAGCUCACCCCCCGAUCGUGCUGCGUCUCCAAUCAGCGACAGACCACGACAGCCGCGCGGUCGUUUCCAGAGCGACCUCGAGGCCAGUAGCAAACGACGUAGGCCUCGGCCUAGCUCUUACGACGAAUUGGGCGCGCGGCCGUCUCGGUCCAGAUUCGAGAGCAUGAUGAACCUCGGUGGUGCUUCAGGAAACACGAGUGCCAGUGACCUGCUCUCUCGCGACUCGCUCGAUGCUGCGACACAGAAAAUAUUGACUGUUCGGGAAGAGGGCAAGGUCCCGAUACAUUUCCAAUUGGCCAACUGUAUUGGGCGCGGGCAGUUUGGUUCGGUGUACCGAGCGAUGAACCUGAACACUGGGCAGAUGGUUGCAGUCAAACGCAUCCGACUGGAGGGCUUGAAGGAGGACGAGGUGACGACGUUAAUGCGGGAGGUUGAUCUGGUGAAACGUCUGUCGCACCCCAGCAUUGUUAAAUAUGAGGGCAUGGCUCGAGACCAAGACACGCUGAACAUCGUGCUUGAAUACGUGGAGAACGGAUCGCUGGGCCAGACUCUCAAGGCCUUCGGGAAGCUUAACGAGCGGCUGGUCGCCAGCUACGUCGUGAAGAUCCUCGAAGGGCUGCAUUAUCUCCAUUCCAGCGACGUCGUCCACUGCGAUCUCAAGGCUGCGAACAUCCUGACCACCAAGAACGGCAACGUCAAGCUGUCGGACUUUGGAGUGUCCCUCAAUCUCCGAGCCAUGGAACGCGAGAUCAAGGAUGUGGCCGGCACCCCGAACUGGAUGGCCCCCGAGGUGAUCGAACUCAAAGGAGCAUCUCCCAAGUCGGACAUCUGGUCUCUGGGAUGCACAGUCGUGGAGCUGCUGACCGGCCGGCCUCCGUAUGCCGAGAUCGCCAACAGCAUGUCGGUGAUGUUUCGGAUCGUGGAGGAUGAUUCGCCGCCUCUGCCCGAGGGGUGCUCGCCCUUGUUGGACGAUUUCUUGAGCCAGUGCUUCAACAAAGAUCCGACGAAGCGGCCGAGCGCCGAGUUCCUGUGUGAGCAUCAAUGGCUGAAAAAGAAUUGGGCAGGCCACAAGUUGAGACCGCAAGACAGUAUUCCGUUCCUUCGUCGGGUCAGUGUCGAUCUGCAGAAGUCGGAUGCGGUCCGCUUCCUGGCCCAGGUCGACAUGAGCGAGUCUCUCGUGGACGCCGAGGGACUGAUCAGCAGCUCACCGCCAGGGCGGCGCAUCUCGCUCACCUCCCGGCCUAUGGACCAAGACAUCGUUGCGCGUGACCAUUCCUUUGUCAAGACCACUUUCAGCAAACCCAUGGUCUGUCGCGUUUGUCUGCAGAAUGCCAAGAAGAGCGCCGUCAUUUGCGAGCAGUGCAGCUUGAUAGCACAUGCCCGAUGUGCUGUCCAUGCUCCUCCGACAUGUGACUUGAGGUCACAACUCCUGCUAUACGCCCAGUAUGCUGAGAAAGGCAACCCGUCCAGCGCCUAUGUGAAUCCGCUCGAAACUCUCCCUGAGCCUCGCCCAACGCCGAUCACGGCAGCUUCCGAGGUCGCUUAUGUAGCUCACACUCCUCGGACUAGUCUUGACGGUGUCGCACCUUCUGGCCUGACUCCAGGGGGACCACUUCCGCCGGCGUUCAAGUUCAUGGCGGCGUUCAAGCGGUCCCGGUCGAAUCUGUCUCCGGAGCCUGGUCACGCUUCCUCCUCCGGCUCUGUUGUGCAGCUGCCCGCCAAAGAUGCGAACGGCAAGCGACUGCACAAGCACAGGGAGCGUCCACAGUCCGUAAAGAGCAGCACGAGCACGAACCCGCAGUCCGACAGCCUGCGGAGCGGAGAGAGCAUCGGGAGCCGCUCUAAUGCCAAGUCGAUGGACGAGAUCCGCUCUGACGAGAUGCAGCGCAAGCGGUCUCGGCUGGGGUCGCGUGUGUCUGAGUCGAGGAUCUCCGAGUCUGAGCCUGUUUCUGCAACCACAGCCGGCCACAAGAAACGGUCCGAGUCGCGGUCCGGCUGUGUCAUGCAGUAAUUUAUCCUUGUCUUAUCAAUCGUUUCGCUUGCAUAUCUCAAUCUCACCUCUGUACCAACAACAGACCAUCACCUGACUUUCUUACCCCGUAACAUACCUGGCCGAUAUUGCAUACACUGUAGUGUAACUAGUACAUACACCCUCGCAUACCUCCUAUACAUACCUCCGUGUCAAGAUCAGCUCGGCAAUGUCGACAAUGACGUCAUAUCCGAUCAAAGUCCUUAAGUUUGCAUCUUCCUUAUCCGUACGCCAUCUCAUGCGGAAUGCGCUUCUGAACUCCCGACCCCGACCCAUCCUACCUGACUUGUCGCAUCUGGAACUUUCAAGGCCCUGGGCUGCUUCCUCGCGCGUGGUCUAGUCCCGUCUGUCAAGCGAUUCUAACGCACCCGCAAAGAACACGUUUUGCAAACAAUGAUCUUUACGGUCUAAAUCCCCCGGCACCCCCGUCAUUAUAUGUGUUUGGGUAUCGCCUCGAGGCUGCUUGCUUGUCCCAGCUCUUUGUUCUGCCAGGUCUACCUAUCCGCAAUAUCUUGUGAAUCCGCCGCGAUGAUCCUCCCCUGGAAACUCCUUGCUCUCGUCGGAUUCCUCCUGGUGGCGUCUGAGGGCGGAAUGUGCGCCACGGCAAAGCGCGAGACCAACGCGUCCCGGAUGCAGCGGGGCCUGCCGCCUCUGCCGCCGAGAUUUCCGAGACGCGGAAUGGAGGGGCGCGCGACUGCGUCAUCGACCGUGAGUGCCUCCAGGCCAUCCCACACCCCUUAAGGCUAGCACGAUCUGUUCGCGCGAGACACGCGAGUUUUUUCCCACUUGUGUCUUUGUGCGAUGGUGUUGACACAUGAUGCAGGAAAAGACACAGCAGGAGGACGAUGGUCCGAUGGGCGUGUCCUGUAAAUAGACGUCGACCACGAUGGACGUCACCCACGAUAGACUACUCUAAUGAUGCACGGACUUGUACAGAACCUCGACAAAAUUGUUUGAUCAUCAAUUUCCUUAUCUGG